UGCGGAGAGUCCUGUCCCUUUGCGCGCCCGCAGGCCCCGCCCCCCGCGGCCAAUCAGUAGAUCGCGCCCUCCGCGAUGGCCAAUGGCAGCGCGCGGGGGGCGUGGUCGGGCGCCCGGGGGCGCGGCCUGGCGCCGUGAGAAGCGGUGGGGCAAGCCGGGGGCUCUCGUGAACAGCGCCAGCCGGACAGAGAUCGCCGGCGGGCGGCGAGCGGAGGCGGCCCGGCCCGGCGCGCUCCGAGAUGUCACGAUGGCUGUGGCCGUGGUCGAACUGUGUGAAAGAGCGAGUGUGCCGCUACUUGCUGCACCACUACUUAGGUCACUUCUUCCAGGAGCACCUCAGCCUGGAGCAGCUGAGUCUCGACCUGUACAAGGGCAGCGUUGCCCUGCGGGACAUCCACUUGGAGAACUGGUCGGUGAACGAGGUGCUGGAGUCCGUGGAGUCACCCCUGGAGCUGGUGGAAGGCUUUGUGGGCGCCAUCGAGGUGGCCGUGCCCUGGGCCGCGCUGCUCACAGACCACUGCACGGUGCGCGUGUCCGGCCUCCAGCUCACCUUGCAGCCUCGCCGGCCUGGCCCAGGACCUGGGGCGGCCGAGUGGCAGAGCACGGGCUCCCGCAUGACCACCAGCAUGCAGCUCGCCCAGGAGUGUCUGCGGGACGAGCUGCCCCAACCGUCCGAGCCGCCGCAGCCCCUGGAGGGGCUGGAGAUGUUCGCCCAGACCAUCGAGACUGUGCUGCGCAGGGUCAAGGUGACUUUCCUGGACUCUGUGGUCAGGGUGGAGCACCAGCCCAGGGACGGGGAGCACGGCAUGGCCGUGGAAGUUCAUGUGCAAAGACUGGAGUACUGUGACGAGGCGGUGCGGGAGCCCGGGCAGGCGCCCCCCGUGGACGUGCACCAGCCCCCCGCCUUCCUGCACAAGCUGCUGCAGCUGUCGGGGGUCCGCCUGCACUUUGAGGAGCUCCCCGCACAGGAGGACCCCCCCGCGCCCCCCUUGCAGAUUGGGAGCUGCUCUGGGUACAUGGAGCUGACGGUGAAGCUGAAGCAGAACGAGGCCUUCCCAGGCCCCAAGCUGGAGGUGGCCGGCCAGCUGGGCUCGCUGCAUCUGCUCCUCAGCCCGCACCAGCUGCAGCAGCUGCAGGAGCUGCUGGGCGCCCUGAACCUCCCAGACACCCCAGGCCUGGCCGACAAGCUGAACAAGAGCCGCCCGCUGGGGGCCGAGGACCUGUGGCUGAUCGAGCAGGACCUGAACCAGCAGCUGCAGGCGGGGGCUGAGCCCCUCAGCCCCGACCCCCUCAACCCCCUCGUCAGCCUGGACAGCACUGACCUCUUCUUCUCCAUGACUGGCCUCACGAGCAGCGCCAUGUCCGCCGUGUCUGACCUGUCCCUCUCUGACGUGGACCUGGCGUCCUCCAUGCGCAGUGAGGCCAGCGCCCGCCGCCUCUCCACCCAGGCCCGCCCCGUCGGCAAGACGGCGCCCGCGCCCCUCCCGGACACCCUGCGCCCUGACUCGCUGCUAAAGAUGACCUUGGGGGGUAUGACCUUGACCUUGCUCCAGACGUCAGCCCCGGCCCCGGCCCCGGCCCCGGCUUCCGGCCUGCCCGACCUCGCCACACACUUCUUUGCCGAGUUUGAAGCCACCAAGGAUGGACCCUUUGGUUCCCGUGACUUCCACCACCUUCGCCCGCGCUUCCAGACGGCCUGUCCCUGCAGCCACGUCCGGCUGACGGGCACAGCCGUGCAGCUGUCCUGGGAGCUGCGGACGGGCCGGGGCCGGCGCACCACCAGCUCGGACGUCCACUUCGGGCAGCUCGAGGUGCUCGAGUGUCUGUGGCCCAGGGGCGCACAGGAGCCCGAGUACACCGAGAUCCUGAGCUUCCCGGGCAAGGCGGGUUCCCAGGCCUCAUCCCGGCCCUGUGCCCACCUCCGCCACACACAGACGCUACGCCGCGUGUCCAAGAGCCGCCCCCACCGCCCCGCGGCCUGCCACUGCCACUCGGAACUGGCCCUGGACCUGGCUCCCUUCCAGGCGGAUGUGGAGCUGGGGGCCCUGCACCGGCUCACGGUCCUGCUGCGGCAGGCCAGCGUCCCCCCCGCGGAGCCGCCCCCAACAGGCCUGCUGAGCGAGGCCCCGCCGGCCCCCGAGCAGCAGACUGUGGUCCGUCUCUCUGCCCCCCGGGCCACCCUGCGGCUGCGUUUCCCCAUCGCUGACCUGCGGCCUGAGCGCGACCCCUGGGCCGGCCGCAGCUUCCGGGGAGAGCAGCUGCAGCUGGAACUGACUGAGCCCCAGUUCCGCUCGGAGCUGAGCAGCGGGCCCGGCCCCCCGGCCCCCACCCGGCUGGAGCUCACCUGCUCCGACCUGCACGGAACCUAUAAGGACGGAGACAAGCCCCCGGUCCCCUGCCUGCGCGCCUCCAAAGCCCCGGACCCCGAGAACCCAGGGGGCAAGUGCUUCUUUCCCCAGGUAGUGGUGACCCUGCACCCCCAGCUCAGCAGCGCGCAGUGGGAGGCGGCGCCCGACAGGGCCGAGGAGCUGGCGCUGUCGGCCGAGAGCCCGUGCGAGCUGGGGGAGCCGGAGCCCUCGCCCUUCUCGGCCAAGCGGACCAUGUAUGAGACGGAGGAGAUGGUGAUCCCCGGGGACGCCGAGGAGAUGCGGGCCUUCCAGAGCCGUGCCCUGGCCCUGUCGCGCUGCUGCCUGGAGCUGCUGCUGCCCAGCGCCCACAUCUUCCUGCCCAGCAAGGACUUCUACGAGAGCCUCUACAACAGGAUCAACAACGACCUGCUCAUGUGGGAGCCCCCAGACCUGCUGCCCGGCGCCCCAUCCCCCGCCCAGCCCCCAGGCGACCAGGACCCCUCGGGCUUCUGGAGCGACCACUUCAAGAUGUGCAAGUCGGCCUUCAAGCUGGACUCGGACUCGGAGGAUGAGGAUGCCCCCUUCGUCUCCGCUCGGGCGCCCUCGGGCCCGCAGCCCCCCGCCCCCGAGGCGCCCAGCCGUCACUCCCAGAGUUCUUUCUCCACGCUGGUGACGGUGCUGAAGGGGCGGGUGACCGCGCUCUGUGACACCAAGGAUGAGGCCGGGAGGCGCCUGGAGGCCGCCCAUGGGGAGCUGGUGCUGGACGUGGAGCGAGGCAGCCUGUUCAACGUCGCCCAGUACCGUGGCCAGCCGGGCCUCGGCUACUUCUGCCUGGAGGCCGAGAAGGCCGCCCUGUACCACCGAGCGGCUGUGGACGAUUACCCGCUGCCCAGUCAGCUGGAGCUGCCCAGCUUCGCGCCCCCGGCCCAGCUGGCUGCCACCAUCUACCCGUCGGAGGAAGGGGUGGUGGAGCGCGGAGCCUCGGGGCGCAAGGGGCAGGGGCGGGCCCCCAACAUGCUGUCCACCGCCGUGCGCAUCCACCUGGACCCCCACAAGAACAUCAAGGAGUUCCUGGUGACGCUGCGGCUGCACCACGCCACCCUGCGCCACCGCACGGCCCUGCCAGGACAGAGCUGGUACUCGCAGCUGCUGGAGUUCCUCGACGUGCUGGACGACUCCAUUCUGGGCUACCUGCCCCCGACGGUCAUCACGGUGCUGCACACGCACCUGCUGUCCUGCGCUGUGGACUACAGGCCCCUCUACCUCCCCGUGCGUGUGCUCCUGACCGCCGAGAGCUUCUCCCUGUCCAGCAACAUCAUCAUGGACACGUCCACCUUCCUGCUCAGGUUCAUCCUGGAUGACUCGGCCUUGUACCUGUCCGACAAGUGUGAGGUGGAGAGCCUGGACCUGAGGCGAGACUACGUCUGCGUCCUGGAUGUCGACCUGCUGGAGCUCGUGAUCAAAACCUGGAAGGGGGACACGGAGGGCAAGCUGAGCCAGCCGCGGUUCGAGCUCCGCUGCUCCAACAACGUGGUGCACGUGCACAGCUGCGCCGACUCCUGCGCGCUGCUCGUCAACCUGCUGCAGUACGUCACCGGCUCGGGCGACCUGCACCCCCCGGCCCGGCCCCCCAGCCCCACCGAGAUCGCCGGCCAGAAGGUGCAGCUGUCGGAGAGCCCCGCCUCGCUGCCCGCCUGCGCCCCGGUGGAGACGGCCGUCAUCAACCAGCGGGACCUGGCCGACGCCCUCCUGGACCCCGAGCGUGGCCUGCAGGAGCUGGCCCAGCCCACAGGCGGCCCCCUGCCUCGAGCCUCGCCCGUGUCGGUCUACCUGUUCCCGGGUGAACGGAGUGGGGCCCAGCCCCCCGCCACCCCGGGCGCCGACCCCGCGGGAUCCCGCUCCGAGCCCCAGGAGGAAGAAAAGGAAGAGGAGGCAGACGGAGACACGCUGGACAGCGACGAGUUCUGCAUCCUGGACGCCCCCGGCCUGGGCAUCCCGCCCCGGGACGGGGAGCCUGUGGUGACCCAGCUGCAGCCGGGCCCCAUCGUGGUGCAGGACGGCCACUUCUCGCGGCCGCUGGGCAGCACCGACCUGCUGCGGGCGCCGGCCCACUUCCCGGUGCCCUGCACCCGAGUGGCGCUGCGCGAGGUGUCGCUCGUCUGGCACCUCUACGGCGGCCGGGACUUCGGCGCCCACCCCAGCCACCGGACGAGAGUUGGCCUCGGGGCCCCCCGGGGCUCCCCCUCCCGAAGCUCUGGCGCCAACCGGCCCCAGAAUUCCUGGCGGACCCAGGGGGGCAGCGGGAGGCAGCACCACGUGCUCAUGGAGAUCCAGCUCAGCAAGAUGAGCUUCCAGCACGAGGUGUACCCGGCCGAGCCCCCCGCCGAGCCCCCCGCCGGCCCAGGCCGGGAGCUGGAGGAGCGGCCGCUGUCGCGCCAGGUGUUCAUCGUGCAGGAGCUGGAGGUCCGCGACCGCCUGGCAGCCUCGCAGAUCAACAAGUUCCUGCACCUGCACACGAGCGAGCACAUGCCCCGGCGCGCCCACUCCAACAUGCUCACCAUCAAGGCGCUGCACGUGGCCCCCACGACCAACCUGGGGGGCCCCGAGUGCUGCCUGCGGGUCUCGCUGAUGCCGCUGCGGCUCAAUGUGGACCAGGACGCGCUGCUCUUCCUCAGGGAUUUCUUCUCCAGCCUGGCGGCCGGCAUCCACCCCCUGGUCCCUGUGGACACGUGUGCGGAGGCUCACCCUGAGGCCCAGGUCCAGCCCCGGGAUGGGCAGCCUGAGGGCUCCGAGACUGCGGGGGCCCCCGAGGCCGCCCUCGGCACCCCAUCCACGGAGCAGCAGCCCAUCUACUUCAGGGAGUUCCGCUUCACGUCUGAGGUGCCCAUCUGGCUGGACUACCACGGCAAGCACGUCACCAUGGACCAGGUGGGCACCUUCGCGGGGCUCCUCAUCGGCCUGGCCCAGCUCAACUGCUCCGAGCUGAAGCUGAAGCGGCUGUGCUACCGGCACGGGCUGCUGGGCGUGGACAAGGUCCUGGGCUACGCGCUCAACGAGUGGCUGCAGGACAUCCGCCGGAACCAGCUGCCCGGCCUGCUGGGGGGCGUCGGCCCCAUGCACUCGGUGGUCCAGCUCUUCCAGGGCUUCCGGGACCUGCUGUGGCUGCCCAUCGAGCAGUACCGGAAGGACGGCCGCCUCAUGCGGGGCCUGCAGCGCGGCGCCGCCUCCUUUGGCUCGUCCACGGCCUCCGCCGCCCUGGAGCUCAGCAACCGGCUGGUGCAGGCCAUCCAGGCCACCGCCGAGACCGUCUACGACAUCCUGUCGCCUGCAGUCCCCGUGUCACGCUCCCUCCAGGACAAGCGCUCAGGCCGGAGGCUGCGGAGGGGCCAGCAGCCGGCUGACCUCCGGGAGGGCGUGGCCAAGGCCUACGACACUGUCCGCGAGGGCAUCCUGGACACCGCCCAGACCAUCUGUGACGUGGCGUCGCGGGGCCACGAGCAGAAGGGGCUGACGGGCGCCGUGGGCGGCGUGAUCCGCCAGCUGCCCCCCACGGUGGUGAAGCCCCUCAUCCUGGCCACGGAGGCCACGUCCAGCCUGCUGGGCGGGAUGCGCAACCAGAUCCGCCCCGACGCACACAAGGACCAGGCGCUCAAGUGGCGCUCGGACGAGACGCAAGACUGAGCGGGGCGCGCCGGGACCCGCGGGCGCUGCCCCCCGCCCCCGCCCCGCCGGCCCGCCCCGGUGACUCCCGGAGUCCGGCCGCGCCCCGGGUGGCCCUAUGGACCAGGAAGGAGCCGCCCACGGGGUGGGGCGCCCGCUCCAAUCUGCACUUUCCCUCCGGGGCCAGAGGCCGCUGCGCCCCCCCCCCCCACCUGGGCCCACACUGCUGCCUUGGCCCGGGACAGAGGCCCUCGGACCCUCGGACCUUCCUCAGCCAAGUGUCCGCGUCGCUGGGAGGCGGGCCAGACACCUGUGUUCAAUGUAUUAUUUUUAAGCUCCUCGAGUGGGUCAGUCUCUGCAUGAAGUGGAAUAAACUGCCCGCCGCCAGCCUG